AUGAAGCUAAAAGUGUACUCAUAUCGCCGAUCUCAGCCAGUUCGAGCUGUCAUCAUCUUCUGCAAGGUGAAUGGUAUAGAAUUUGAGGAGGUCAGAGUAGAUAUCGCAAAGCGUGAACAUUGUACUCCUGAAUUUUCAGAAAUUAAUCCCCUGAAUCAGCUGCCCGCCAUUGUUGAUGGAGAAUUCAAGCUCUUUGAGAGUCAUGCCAUUCUUAUCUAUCUUGCUUGUUCAUAUCCUGGAGUUGCAGACCAUUGGUAUCCGUCUGAUAUUUUCAAGAGAAGCAAGAUACACUCGGUGUUGGAUUGGCAUCACUCCAACUUACGCCGUGGUCCAGUCACAAUUGUUCAGAAUUCUGUUGUGGCGCCUGUUUUUCACCGUACGUUUAAUCCCGAAAGAGUUGCGGAAGGUGAGAAGAUCCUGUCCGCAGCUCUAUCGAAGAUCGAGUCGUUUUGGCUUGAGGGUAACGGACCCUUUUUGCUCGGUGUAAACCAACCAUCGAUAGCCGAUCUUAGCCUCGUUUGUGACAUAAUGCAACUCGAGCUUUUGGACGAGGCGGAUCGGAACAGGUUGUUGGGUCUCUUGACUAUUAAAAGUUACAAAAUGAUUCAUCGACUAUAGGGAGUUCAUUUGUUGAAUCUCUUGACUAUUAAAGUUAUGAAAUAAUCACUCGACUAUUCAUUAUGUUCCAAACUCGUCAUUUUUCGUUAAAAAUAUAACAGUCGUAUGAGUUGGAAGUCGACAUGUUGACUGCGAUA